UGACUAAAAAAAUUAUUGACUUUAAACUAUUUCCAUCCUUCCGUUUUUUUUCCCCCUGUCAGCCUUGUGGACAACUGCUUAUUGCGACAAGAUCUGAUCCAACAAUCCCUCUCAUUUCUAACUACAGGUCAUUCCUUUACUCCAUCGACGCAAUAACAGAUAAGAUGGGUAUUACUGAGGAUAAGGCCCCGCGUAACGAGCGAAAGCGCCUUAGCAGUCCAGCUAUCGAAGUUCCUACUAAGCGCAUUAAGAAAGAGAAGGAAGAAGAUGACGAGAAGCCUACUGAAUACAAUCCCUACCUAGCGCAUUGGGAUAAUGGAAAUGGCGAUGCGAAUAGCGAUCGAUUGCCGAAAGGAUCUCCGUUGGCGCAUUUCGAACGACGAAAAACUACCGCGAAACAAGCAUCCAAGGCUGAGGAUGGCGACAAUAAUCCUUUUACCGGUGAACCGCAUUCCCAACAGUACUUCAAUAUCUUGAAGUCCAGACGUAAUCUUCCUGUUCAUAAGCAAAGACAGGAAUUCCUUGACCUAUAUCAGAAGUCGCAAAUAUUGGUCUUCGUUGGUGAAACCGGUUCGGGUAAAACCACACAAAUCCCUCAAUACGUCGUAUACGACGAAUUACCACAUCUUAACAAAAAGCUGGUCGCUUGUACCCAGCCGAGACGAGUCGCCGCCAUGUCCGUCGCACAACGUGUCGCCGAUGAACUCGACGUGAAUCUAGGAGAGGAAGUUGGUUACAGUAUCCGUUUCGAAGACAAGACUAGUUCCAAGACGAUGCUGAAGUAUAUGACCGAUGGUAUGCUUCUAAGAGAGGCCAUGCACGAUCACGAAAUGUCGCGAUACAGUUGUAUCAUUCUCGACGAAGCACACGAACGUACUCUCGCUACCGAUAUCCUCAUGGCCCUUCUUAAGCAAGUUACUAGACGCAGACCCGACCUUAAGCUCAUUGUCAUGUCUGCCACCCUAGACGCCCAGAAGUUUCAACGAUACUUCUACGAUGCCCCUCUAUUAGCUGUGCCCGGUCGAACAUUCCCCGUCGAGAUCUUUUACACGCCCGAGCCGGAAAAGGACUACGUGGAAGGAGCUAUAAGAACAGUGCUUCAGAUUCAUGCUGGUGAGGAUGAAGGAGAUAUCCUACUCUUCCUCACUGGUGAAGAGGAAAUCGAAGACACAUGCCGAAAAAUCUCGCUCGAGGUUGACGAGCUCGCCAGAGAAACAGAUGCUGGCCCAAUGGUUGUCUACCCGCUUUACGGUACUCUUCCUCCACACCAACAACAGAAGAUCUUCGAGCCAGCCCCACCUCCACAUAGGAAAGGUGGUAGACCCGGUCGCAAGUGCAUCGUGUCUACCAAUAUUGCUGAGACCAGCUUGACUAUUGACGGUAUCGUCUACGUUGUUGAUCCUGGUUUUAGUAAACAGAAGAUCUACAACCCUCGACUAAGAGUAGAGUCGCUACUCGUAUCUGCUAUCUCAAAGGCAUCUGCUCAACAGCGAGCAGGUCGUGCUGGUCGAACGAAGCCUGGAAAAUGCUUCCGACUUUACACUGAAAAGGCCUUUAAGGAUGAGUUGAUCGAGCAAACAUAUCCUGAGAUUCUUCGUUCUAACCUUGCUUCUACUGUGCUGGAACUGAAGAAGCUUGGCAUUGAGGAUCUGGUGCAUUUUGAUCUCAUGGAUCCUCCUGCUCCGGAAACAAUGAUGCGCGCCCUCGAAGAACUAAACUACCUAGCGUGUCUUGAUGAUGACGGUGCGCUCACAGUUCUUGGUGGUUUGGCGUCGGAAUUCCCAUUAGAUCCUGCAUUGGCUGUCAUGCUGAUCUCCAGUCCCGAAUUCUAUUGCUCCAACGAAAUAUUAUCGAUAACAGCACUUCUCUCAGUACCCCAGAUCUUUGUGCGUCCAGCGCAAAAGAGACGAGAGGCUGAUGAGAUGAAGAAUCUCUUCAAGCACCAAGAUGGAGACCAUCUAACUAUGCUAAAUGUGUACCACGCCUUUAAGGGAGUGCUAAACCGCGGCGAUGACGCGAAGACGUGGUGUCACAAACACUACCUAUCAUUCCGUCAUCUUUCCAGCGCAGACAACGUCCGUGCUCAGCUCAAACGUAUUAUGGAAGUUCAAGGCUUGGACCUCGUUAGUACCGAUUUCAACGAUAAGAACUACUAUACCAACAUCCGCCGCGCGCUGGUCAGCGGCUUCUUCAUGCAAGUCGCCAAGAAGGAGAGUAAUCGUAUAUACCGGACGCUCAAGGAUAAUAGUCAGAAGGUUAUGCUGCACCCGAGCACUGUGCUCCAGACGGAAUACGAUUGGGUGCUGUAUAAUGAGUUCGUUAUGACAUCGAAGAAUUAUAUUCGUACGGUUACGGGGAUUAAACCGGAGUGGCUCUUGGAACUUGCGCCAACAUAUUACGAUAUUGAGAACUGGGAAGAGAAGGAUGUCAAGCUGGCGUUGAAGCAGGUCGCGGAUAAGGUGAGACGCCGUGCUGCUAUGAAGGGUGGUCGUUGAGAAGUUAUGGUAUCGAUAUGAAACGACACGCGGCAGACCGGCACGAGUGACCCUUUACCAUAGGGUUGAAGUGGCCUGAUGGGGCACGAAGCCAGUGAAUUGGCCGCCAAAGUCUCGACCAGUAUUCUCAUCUACGAAAGGAUUUUCUCCGAGGUUAUCAAAGUAUAGUGGUACGCGAUCACACCAAACUGCGAGUCAAUCGACUAGCAUACGAAAUUCUGGCGUUGUAUUGUAAAAAACUACAGCAGGGCGUUGUAUUUUACAGAGUCGCAAAAGCUAGGCGACCAAAUAUUUUAGAUGAGGGCACAUUAAAGGCAGAACAUAGAGCAGCUCAUGCUACAGCUUUACCUACUAUCUUAGCCAUCGUUAGGUUGGUGGUUUGGCUCGGAUACAUAACGUUAUGUAGCUCAUAGGUAUUUUGCUACGUGUGCAAUUUAUUUACACGACGAGCUUGCACAACGAACAUUUGAGAAACCCUACGAUGACAUGUGUGUAAGGUUGUAAGAUUCGCCUAAGUUCGCCGAGAAAAAGGACAUUCUAAGCAGGUAAGUCCGCCGUUGCGGAAAUCGCAAACCGGGGAGCGGGUGUAACAUGGAGGUAAAUUACCAGUAUUGGUGAUAUCUCCGUUGUCGUCUGCCGGAUAGACUAUCCGCGGAGUGUUUGAAAGCGGA